AUGUCUGCAAAUGAUCCCAAUAUACCUGAGGAGGAAAUUCUAGAUGAAGAUGACUACCCCCAAUGCCCUGGAAAGCAGCCUAUGGCAGAAGCUACAAAACGCAAUGAAGAGCUAGCCAGACUAGCUACUGAAGCACAGGUGGCUCAGGCCCCGCCUUCGCAAGAUACCCAAUCUCCGCCUCCACGGGACGCUCAAGUCCCACCUCGUAGGCCUAAGAGGCAACCUCGUAAGAAUGCGGCAGCCAGAAGGGCAGAGCAAGCUCCGCCACCAGCAUCGCAUCCUGUUCCACCGAGACCCCGGAGAAGUAACCGGGCUGAAGGUGCUGCCAACCCAACUUUAGAGGCACAAGUAGGAAUAGGGAAUAACCGAGCCCCCUCAGUGGCUCGUACCCAAAAUCCUGGUGCCACACAGAAUGUACCAGAGCCUGAUCGGGUGAAUUCAGGGCCAUCUAGGCCCCACAAUGGAAGGCAUCCACCUUCUCUAAUAAGGCACCCGACGUCGCCAAUAAGGCACCAUUUGCCAGUUCGGAGGGAUCCACGACCGGCCCACCAAGAUAGGGAUAGCUUAGCUGGGCAUAGACAUGGAAAAAAAAGAAGUUGCUCGAGAGUGUAG